GUAUCGAACCAAACAGCAGUAUAAACAGCAGUUCCAAAGUGUCUAUUAAACAAGCAAGACCCCAAAAAGAAACCGAAAAAAACUGAAUACAAAAACAAAGAAUAUUAAAAUAUCAUAUUCAUAAAGAAUUAGUGAAUUAAGGAAUUAAACAAAUUAAACAAGAAAGAAAAAUCGUAAAACAAAGAUGAAAUCUUUUAUUGUUGUUGCUUUGUUGGCUGCUAUUUGCGCCGUAGUAAAAACCGAAGAAGUUUGCCACUCCAAUGUAGUGAGCGCUUGUGCCUCUUCCACACUCUCUGCUAUAACCGGAAUGUUUGCUAGUGAAAGCACUUCCAUUUGUAACUCCCGCUAUGGUGGCAUUGAACACAUCGAACCCGAAAUUCAGGCUUAUAUUAACUCUCAUUUGACUAAAUCCUAUGAAUAUUUAUUGUUGGCCACCCAUUUCAACUCCUACCAAAAGAAUCGUCCCGGUUUCCAAAAACUCUAUCAAAGUCUCUCCGAUCGUUCAUUCGAUGAUACUAUUGAUAUGAUCAAACAAAUUACCCGUCGUGGUGGCAAGGCUAACUUCAAUGUUGUCCACGAAAGUCCUGCUACCGUCACCAAGAGCGCUUUGCAAUUGGAAGUCGAUGAAUUGCACUCUUUGGCCAUGGCUUUGGAUACUGAAAAACAAUUGUCCAACGGUGCUAUCCAUGUCCAUACCCGUUCUCUUCACGCUAACAGCGGUGAACGUGAUCCCGAAAUGGCUCAAUAUUUGGAAGAGAAAUUCUUGACUAAACAAGCUGAAACUGUACGUAAAUUGUCUGGUUAUGCCAACGAUUUGUCCAAAUUGAUGAACCAACAAGAUCCCUCUUUGGCCGUCUAUUUGUUCGAUGAAUAUUUGCAAAAGCAAUAAAUUUAUUUCAAAAAAUUAUUUUGAAAUCAAGACAUUUAACAAAAUAUUUAGCAAACAGCAAAGAGUAACAAAGAACAACAACAACAUCUAUUAACUAGAAAUUUGUAACCAAGAAUAAGAUCACUUAAUAAAACAUUUUCCAACUUCAACUCUUUGUUAAAAAAAAGCAUUUUUAGUUUUAUUAUUUCAUUAAAUUGGAUUUUUGUUUUUCGUUUUUUUUUAUUUGAGUAUUAUUAACAUUAUCAUAUUUUUCUUUUCUCCAUUUUGUUUAUCUAUAAUUUACCAAUGUUACAAAAAUUAUAAAAUAAAAUCUAAAUAUUACACAUGUAGCACUCAACAAUAUAAUCCAAAUAAUAUACUAUUCCAUUACUAUAAUUGUGAUAAUUUCAAA